AUGAAUCAAUUCGUUUCGGAGACUGUUUUCGAAGAGAUAGUGUCUAUAGCUCUCGAAUACCGCUUCCAGAACAUCCAAGCCCUGUCAGAAGAGAAAAAGAAAGCACUUCACGGCCUCAUUAACAUGAAAGACGUCUUCACCGUAUUGCCAACAGGACAUGGAAAGUCAUUGAUUUUUCAGAUUCAGCCUGAUCUUUGCCCUCAGUUGUCAGUAAGAGGAUAUUCUUAUCCAAAGAAUCCAAUAAUUGUGGUCAUUUUUCCUCUGAAAUCAUUGAUGGAAUCGCACAUUCGCGAACUACAAAGCUAUGGUCUAACAGGGGCGGCUGUGAGCGGCGAUGAAGUCAAUGAUGAUGCCAUUCUUCGAGGAGAGUAUUCGUUUGUUUUUGGCAGUCCGGAAAGCUUUCUUCAAAAUGAGAAGUGGAGGCAGAUGCUGCUUAGCAAACCUCCGCAAACCUAA